AUGUCCAUCUUCUCGCGCUUGAAGAAGAGCCGCCAGCAGGCCAAAGAGCACAAUGCUAAGCUUGCCCAACAGGAGAAGAAGGAGGACGAGGUAAAGACUCCUUACCGGCACGUUCCCAAACAUGCCGCCGCCGACGCCAUUGCCAGUGCGCCGCCCAGCUGGAGAGAAGAUGAUCGCCAGAAGAUCCAGGAGCAGAACCGCCGGAGGAGUGCCAUGGCUGCUUCUUCCAGCCAUAGCAUGAACAUGCCCGGCAUGCCUCGUGUUGGCAGCGGCUUGUCCCACGUCUCAUACCCUACGGACAACGACGCCACUCCCAUGGUGCGCCUGCCCCGAGCAUACAGCUACACGGGUGUCUCGCCUUAUACGUCAACCCACAGCCGAACCACCGCAAGCUCAAUGCCUGAUGUUGGAUCGCAGUUUGCGGCCUAUGCUGCCUCGACCAAGGGGAAGGAAGCUGUCAGAGGGUCUGGCUAUAAUACUUCCAGGACCAGCCCAACAUCCUCACAAGGUUUGUCGUCGCCGUCUUCUUCCUCCUCAGUGUCAGCGUCUAUAACUCUUAUUCACCGGAUGCUAACCAGCCUCUUCCCACUCCCAGAAGAAUCAGAGAGCUCCAGCGGCUCAACGAGUUCUCAAGAUGACCUCGAGAUGAGGCUCAACCGCCCUCCGGUCGUACGGCCUCCCACUGGUGCCGAGAUGGCUCCUCGUCGACCACGUGUAGGCAGCCGGCGCACAUCAGAUUCCGCAAUUGGCCGGAUUGCCAUGGCCAACUCGACCAAGGCGGCUGCCCGGGACUCUCGCCCUCCUCCGUCUAUGCGGAAUUUUGGCUCGAUUGCACCCAUUGUCCACGCACCUGCUCCCAUCCUACGAAUCACAUCUCAUCCGCAAGGUGACUUGUUAAACUCGCAACAUCGGCAGAGAUCAGAAACAUCUUUCCCUGGCUCUCUCAACACCAGCCUCAACACUUCUGCAGCCACCCUCAUCUCUACAUCCGCUCUGCCUGCGAUUGACGGCAGCCCUUCCCCAGAACAGCAGGAGUUGAAGGAGCUGAAGGUGCAUGUAGUCAAGGAGCCAAGAACAGUCAAAGUAGUUCGGCUCACGGGAGGGGAGCGAAUCCAGCCUGGCCCCAAGAAACUGGCCACUGAAAAGCCCGCGGAGGAACCUGCAGAAGAGCCUGAAGAAGAACCCCAAGACCAGCCUGUUCUCGGCCUCGCCUCUACCCUUUAUCCCGUCCCUGCCCCUUCGCCUACAUCUGCUCCCGUCUCUGCUCCCAAGGCUAAACAACAGUCUAUUGUUAUCAACGUCUUCCCAGAAGCGGACUCAAUCCCCGAGCCUGAACCUACCAAGAAGUCUAGCCGAUUUUCCAAGAGCGGGACCAAGAUUCCCAAGAAGUCUCGCUGGGCCAGGUCAAAAGCUCAACCCAUCACUGUAUAA